AGCGCAAUAAGACUAAUAGAGGAACCCUCCGAUGUGUUAUUACAGAGUAUAGUAUUUUUAUGGUAGAAGGCGUUUGUUUUAUUGAUUUGCUUGGCGUAUGAAUGUCAAGUAUCAAGUUGAUCCAGUUUUCAUUGUAUUUUGGGGUUUAGAUCUUUUCACGCACAAAAGCAACGCCAGACGUUCCGCCUGCAAGCCCAAAAUAAGGGUGAAGUGCAGCAAACGCCGCUACGGUGGCCGGCGGGGAACAAAAGAGACGCGAUGCUAACGCGUCGCUAACACAAAUGGGGCAAACAAACGUGGAAAUCCACGUCGAACCUGCGCCGAUUCUUUCAGGUUGCCAUUGAGUUGGAAUCGCUGCGGUUAGCUCAGCAGCCCAUGCUACUCCGACUCGGCCUUUGUUUCCCGCAUUCAGCCUGACCUCGUUCGCAUUUGAAUCGGGUCGAAUGCUAAUGGAGGAUUCAUCGGAUCAUCGAGAUGUUGCUCGGGCCAAAGCGUUCUGGGCCCAGGAGAACGUGGACCGGGUGUUCGGCCUGAUGUCCGAGCACCUGGCUCACCUUCGGCAAGCGUUGAGCGCGAACACAGCCAGCGACAAAGAGCGCCUCCAGGCUUGGAAGCUGGCGGAGGUUCUGGAGUGGACGCUUGUGUCGCCUUCGGGCAACGGUCCCGUGCGCCGGCCGGUCCUCGGCUCAGAUGGCGAGCGCGAGCGUCGCCGCUCUCCGUCGGCCGGCGAAGAUCCGCCGCCGCCGCCGGACAAAUCGCACGUGUGCCGCAAGACGUGCCUGCCGUCUCUGCCCGCCGCGUCGCCGUAUUGGGCGCGCAACCCGCUGAAGGUGCCGCUGCUGUGCGGUUUCAAGAGGACGCCGGCCACGCCGCCCGUGUCGUCCGGCGACCGUCGGCGGAAACAUGGCGAAGACGAGGACGACGAGGACGAAGGCCGCCGGGACGUCCUUUACAAAGCUCCCUGCGGUCGCGACCUCCGGAACUACGACGACGUGAUGUGCUUCCUGUUGGCCACGGACAGCUGCCACGUUUUGCAGCUGGACUAUUUCUCCUUUAGCACGGCGGUGCAGUUGGACCCUCCGACGGUCCAGGGCAGUCAGCGGAUCCCGGAGAUAGACCUGAGCCGCGGCUCUGAGCCCACCCCGGUGGAGCUGCGUCCGGGCCCCGGCGACUCCCGGCCGGCCGAAUUCCGCUACAGGAAGGAGCGCUGGCCGCACGGCUGCUUCCUGACCCGCGGACCCGUCUUCGACGCGUGUUGCGAGUGCACGGACGGAUGUCUGGACGCGGGGCGCUGCGCCUGUAUCGCCAUGACGCGAGCAGGGAAGCAUUACCACUACCAGAGACUCACCCGGCCUUUGCCGUCCGGGUGGUUUGAGUGUGGGCCGUGGUGCAGCUGCGAUCGGGCUCGUUGUCAGAAUCGACUGGUCCAGAGAGGAAUCCGAGUCCGCCUGCAAGUGUUCUGGACGGAGCGCUGUGGCUGGGGCGUGCGUUGCCGUGAUGACCUGGACGCGGGGACGUUUGUGUGUAUAUAUGCGGGCGUGAUCAUGCAGAGGGUGCAACGAUCCAGUGAGCCUCCACCCCCAAAACUCAGCAGAGUGGACCUGCCUUCGGAUGAUGAGGUGGAGGUGGUAACAGAGUGGCUGGCCCCCCCUGUACUGGAGGGGAGCAACUUGCUGGAAAACCCUGACCCCCCCACUUCACCGUCACUGCACGUUCCGGUAAUUCAGAAACCCGGCGACGUCCAAGCACAUGAGAACAAAGACAAGCCGAAGAAAGCUUUGGUGACCCCGAACGAUGCUGAUGGCAACGGCAACGAAAGGAGCUUGAAGACAGCCCUGAAAGCAGAGGACGUUUGUUUGCUGGAUGCCAGAAAGGAAGGAAACGUGAGCCGCUUCUUCAAUCACAGUUGUCGGCCGAACCUUUUCGUUCAAAACGUUUUCACUGACUCGCAUGACCCCGACUUCCCGAUCAUCGCAUUCUUCACCAACAGUGUGGUGAAAGCAGGCACCGAACUGACGUGGAAUUAUUCUUCGGACGCACACGCGAUGUCGCUGGCCCAACAACAGGAAGUGCCGUGCGCGUGCGGCACGGAGGACUGCCUGGGCCAAUUCCUGGAGGAGAACCUUUGUGAAACGUGCCAGCUUGGAUUUUGUGACACAGUGGCGGCCGUGUGACCAUGCCACCUUGAUGCCCACUUCCACUUUUUACUAUGUUGUUUUCUUAAUAAAACUCACAAGUCGAGA